UCAGCAACGUCUCGGUUUAGCUUUUGUCUAGAGGACCGUUCAGCACACAGCCUGAUAUCUCCAUCCUCCAUCUAUUCAUAAGGGAGGGUCUCUUCCAUUGUUCUGAAUGAAGAGGACCUGUCUGAGGAAUGAUCUCAGCUACAGGACGGAGGUGAGACGUCCUCGGAGAACCAUGGUGUCUGAUGACAGAACAACGCCCUGAUUACUGCACAGCAACAACGUCCAAAGUUAUCAUGGCUGGAGUCCCGGUAGUCCCCCCCGGUCUGGAAAAUCUUCUCCAGGUCAGUGAGCUCUAUGUGAAACAGACAUGGAACAGCACUUUUCAGAGCUACUGUACCUAUGACUUGUAUGACCCUGAUGGCCAUCUCCUGUAUGAGGCCAUUGAGCAGCAGGAAUGUUGUGGCCCCCGUUUGGAUUUAAUGGUUAACAACACUCAGGGAUGUAAUGUCCUAAAUCUCCUCGUGCCUUCCAAUUUCUGCAACUGGGACACCGAGUUGCAGGUCUCCAGUUCCACCGGUGAGCUUCUCGGCUACAUAGAUAAAACGUGGGCAAGUUUCUCUUCAACCUUUGACAUCUCAGACCCCUCGGGACUUAUUUAUCUUAAAGUCAAAGGUCCGGGAUGGGGAGAAAGUUUCAUGUCUGAUGCCUAUUAUCAGGUGAUAUCCGGGGAUAAAACGGCACAAAUUGGUGUCAUCACACGGGUGUGGAGAGGAUUCUUCAGGGAGAUGUUCAUCAACAAGGACACCUACAUCAUUAGCUUCCCUCAGGACCUCCAUGUCACAGUGAAAGCCAUGUUGGUGGCAUGCACCCUGUUCAUUGACCUUCUGCAUGAGGAGAGCAGACGGAACCAGAGCUCCCAGAGAGCCAGCUGAUGCCGUACACUGCCUGCAGAGCCUUCAUGAGGUGUGUCUGGUGGAUAACGAGGAUGAAGAUGACACCCCAGAGCACAAAAAGAGUCGUAUAUAUUCUGUAUGGGUGAUAUCCGAGACAUUUACAUGAAGGGUUGGGCUCCAGCCAAAUUCUUUUUUUUUUUAGCUUUGGGUGGAGUGGGGAAAUUUUUUCUUGCCAUCUGAUUCCCCCCCUUCCUGUCCUGGUUAUACCAUAAAAAGUGAGGGGCUAACACCCAAAAGGGGACCCUGUGGUAAGAACAUGACAGUGGAACUAAUUCGAUCACAUACAUGUUACAGUCUGAUUGUAAAAUCUGAUAAAAAUGUACACAGGGCCACCAUAACCAAUCGCGGGGCCUCAUACAGCCUACUGACAGGACACCCCACCUCUCUAAACAACACUGAACUCAUCUCUAUACUUAGCAAGAAGCACAAAUGGCCCAGAUUGUUGGAGUAAAUGGCGAGGGUCUUUGUGUUGUUGUUGGUGAGCAUUUCAUCAAGGUCAAAGAGCACAAUGUCAACCAAGGUCAAGAGGCAGAGCACCAUGUCCACCAAGGCUAGGAGGCAGAGCACCAUGUCCACCAAGGUCAAGAGGCAGAGCACCAUGUCCACCAAGGCUAGGAGGCAGAGCACCGUGUCCACCAAUGCUAGGAGACAGAUCACCGUGUCCACUAAGGCUAGGAGGCAGAUCACUGUGUCCACCAAGGCUAGGACUCUGCGCACCAUGUCCACCAAGGCUAGGAGGUAGAGCACCAUAUCCACCAAGGCUAGGAGGCAAAGCACCAUGUCCACCAAAGCUAGGAGGUAGAACACCAUGUCCACCAAGGCUAGGAGUCAGCGCACCAUGUCCACCAAAGCUAGGAGGUAGAACACCAUGUCCACCAAGGCUAGGAGGCAGAGCACCGUGUCCACCAAGGUUAGAAGGCAGAGCACUGUGUCCACCAAGGCUAGGAGGCAGAUCACUGUGUCCACCAAGGCUAGGACUCUGCGCACCAUGUCCACCAAGGCUAGGAGGUAGAGCACCAUAUCCACCAAGGCUAGGAGGCAAAGCACCAUGUCCACCAAAGCUAGGAGGUAGAACACCAUGUCCACCAAGGCUAGGAGUCAGCGCACCAUGUCCACCAAAGCUAGGAGGUAGAACACCAUGUCCACCAAGGCUAGGAGGCAGAGCACCGUGUCCACCAAGGUUAGAAGGCAGAGCACUGUGUCCACCAAGGCUAGGAGGCAGAGCACUGUGUCCACCAAAGCUAGGAGGCAGAGCACUGUGUCCACCAAGGCUAGGAGGUUACAAGAGAGGGCCCCCACUCAGGUCACUGAAGUUGGAGGUGGCCAUCUUCUUACUGAGGUCAAUGUGUUCUCAUGUGGGUUUGCCUCAUAUGCCAUUGGCUGGGGAACACCUCACAGCAGCAGCUGACUGGUGGAGGCGCGACACUAGGAAACUCAACCGUCUGCUAAAGUGGGAUCACCUAACCUGAUAGGGACAACCACCCACUGUGCGGCCCGUGCCCAAUCCCCUCUGUUGACCUGAUGGGGCCCAGGGUCUGGUAUGGAAGUACUACCUGUAUCCCCCCCCCCCAAUCAGCUCUGGAUUCACCAACAAGUAAGUAUUUCAAAAGCUUCCAUGACUGAGACUUGAGAGAUUGAAUAGUUUGCUUCACAUUCCAUCAGUGGGUGAAAUUCUAUAGAAGGCUGCAGAGGGGCGGUUCAGUCAGACUGUGACAUGGAGGGCAAAUGGAUCCCAACACAUCAUUUUAUCCUAAACUGCAAGAUAUUUUAUAAAAGAGUUCCACUUUAUUACUAAAAGAUAUAAAUAUAAUAGUAAAUAAUAUAUAUAUAUAUAAUAAAGAUAUAAACACA